GUAAAAGUCUGCAAGAACUGAUCAUAUGCUUUCCAUUGGUGUGAACGACAUUUACGACGUUAAAGUUUUAGGUUUCAAAUGGACGUUGGACUAUGGGUAACUAUCAGCACACUGGGCGUCAAUUGUGGGCUCACCAGUGUAUGCCCCGAGGGGCCCUGCAGGGGUUUCGCUACUCUUUGUCUGACACAGAAUCAGAAUCAGAUGACAAAGAGACCCUCAGUUGCUCUGACCUUGAGAAACUCCAGAAUGCCGUUGUGAAUAACAACAUUUGUGUGUUGAAAGAUUUGAUUAACAGCAACAAUAUUGACCUUAAUGUCCCAAUCAACUCCAAAGAUGAAACAGCCCUGAUGAUGUCUGUAAAGUUAUCUCACUUAGACAUGGUACAGGCACUGCUCAAGUUCCCAAACUGCAAUAACAACUGCCAUAAUGUCUACCACUUCUCAGUGCUGGAUGCUGCGCUCAUCACGCUGUUUGACCGGCGGGACACUGAUGAUUGUGAGCGCUGCUGGGAAAUACUGGUUACCCUUCUGCGAGUCAAAUCUGAGCCUCUGAGCAAAGACGCCAUGACGUAUGUGAUAAGGACUGCGCUGAAGCACCAGGACACAGAUUUCAUUCAGCGGCUCAUCAAUACUUUUACUCAGGUGACACAGUCCACGGCGUUACACCUCUACCUGCUGGAGAAGCUUCAUCGCCACCAGCCCAUAUACCCAGGGGACAUGGAUCCCAUCUUGGAACAGAUGACCAAGUUCACAAUCAGCCUGCUGCGCUCUGUGUCCUUGCUAGCAUUGCGCCAGGUGGUGCACUCAAUGGUGUACUACUUGGAGUCAUACUGGAAGUGCCGUGAGAAGAAAAGUCAGGUGUUCCAACGACUCGUUGUUUACGCCUCUGGGGCUGGCUGGAACUGGACCUCACAGCAAAUCGCCUUUAUUGAGAAAGUCAGCCCUGGCCUGGCACUUUGGUGCUGUCGCAGCAAAACAGUUCCUCCGUCUCUCUCGCACACUUGUCGUCUGUCAUUCAGGGCCAGCCUCUCCUGUUCAGUCAAUGAAGCCAUUGACAACCUGCCUCACAGUCUACCUGAUCUGCUCAAGAAAUACCUGCUUCUUCAUGACUUGGAUAACUUUCCUGACAAUAUUCUGCAUUUACAACUGUGA